UCCAGGGGUUUAAAUUGUGUUAGUUUUUUUUUUUUGUUUUUAGACAAGAAGUGCCAACAAUUUAAAAAUCCUCAGCCUCACCUGGAGGACCGCACGCCACCGCCAUCCCCGGUGAAGAGUGAAGUUUAAACCCGCAGCUGCUGCUCUGGAGACGGCGGACCCGACCCUUUUACGGUCCUACAUCAACUCAAUCUGUGCUUCUUCAAAUAUAUAAAUUUACAUAUAUAUUUUUGGAAGUUUUCGUCGACUUCAGUGAAGUUUCCCCCCCCACACCGGCAUAAUGACUCGGAGAUCCUGUGCGAUUUACGCCACCGGCAUCGUCUGCGCUCACCUCCUGAUCGUGGGGAUCGCCCUGGUCGUGGCUCAAGUCUUCCAAACGAUGAUCAACAGCCGGCUAAAACAGGAAAUUACUUUGACAGAGAAGAGUCAGAUGUUUGAGUCAUGGAAGAACCCACCCCCACCUGUUUACAUGGAGUAUUACUUCUUCAACGUUACCAAUCCUGAGGAGUUUUUGGCAGGAGGGAAGGCGUCUGUUAAACAGAUCGGCCCUUACACUUACAGGGAAUACCGACCAAGGGAAAAUGUAACUUUCUUGGAAAAUGGCACAAAGGUUUAUGCCCUGAACCCCAAAUCCUUUGUCUUUGUUCCUGAGAAGUCGGCUGGUGACCCUGAGGUUGACAUUGUCAGGACAGUCAACAUCCCAUUUGUGGCGGUGAUGAACGAGUUGAACUCCUACAGCUUUUAUGUGCGGCCCAUGGUUUCCAUGUAUAUAAGCAGCCUGGGCAUUGAAAUUUUCAUGACCCGCACCGUCCAUGAGAUUCUGUGGGGCUUCAAGGACCCUCUCCUUUCAAAGAUCCACAAACUUAAGCCAGAUGUGGACGAAUACUUUGGUCUGAUGUGGAAGAAAAACGGCACUCAUGAGGGAGAGUUUGUGUUUCACACCGGCGAGCAGAACUACUUGGAUUACGGAAAGAUCGACACCUGGAAUGGCCUGAGGAAAAUGUCAUGGUGGUCCUCCAAUCAGAGCAACAUGAUCAACGGCACGGACGGCGCCGUCUUCCACCCGCUCAUCGACAGAAACGAGCUGCUGUACAUCUUCGCCGCUGACCUCUGCCGGUCCAUUCACCUGGCAUACGUGGAGGACGUGGAGGUGAAGGGAAUCCAGGCGUACCGCUUCGCGCCCCCCAACGAUGUUCUCAUGAACCCCAAGGAAAAUCCCACCAACGCCGGCUUCUGCGUGCCGGCGGGAGAGUGCCUCGGCACCGGGGUGCUGAAAGUCAGCGUUUGUCGAGAAGGUGCUCCCAUCGUCGUUUCCUUCCCUCACUUCUACCAGGCCGACCCGGCGUACAUCAACGCCGUCGACGGGCUGAACCCCAACAAGGAGGAACAUGAGACGUACCUGGAUUUACAGCCGACUACUGGUGUUCCCAUCCGUGCCUGUAAGAGAGCUCAGCUCAAUAUCAUCCUGAAGAGAGUCCCGGGCUUCCCUAAAACAAAGUUAAUCAACGAGACAAUUUUCCCCAUCAUGUUUGUCAACGAGACGGCAACCAUCGAUGACAACUCUGCGUCUCAGAUGAGGACGCUGCUCCUCAUCGUCACUCUCGUCUCAAACUUCCCGCUGCUCAUCGUGGGGUUGGGGAUCAUCCUGCUGCUGGUGCUUGUUGUGGUGUUCUGCAGGAACCGUCAGAAGAAGAAUGAAGUUAAACGAAUAGAUUUUACCGAGGCUUUUCAUUCUUUCACUACGGCGAAAGACGACACCGCAUACACGCAAGUCAGCGACAAGCUGGACGACUCAUCAGAAAAGCCGGCCAACCAGCCGAUGAAGAACGGCUCCUACAUUGCCAUGUCGCCGGUGGAGGCCCAGAAGUGUUGAUUGAGGAUUCCUCUCCCCAAGCGUGGAGAUCCGGAGGGCUGUGGGUUGUUUCAUUAGCAUGGGUGGGGGAGGACACAGUGCGACACAAACCCCGGAGAUCGUUUAGCCUACAAAGACAUUGAUCCUCUUCCUGAGCACUCUUCUGGCCGUCUAUCCUCCUGCCUGCAGGACUGCAACACAACCAACCCCUCCCCCACCGUGCGUAAACACUUCCAUCCUGGCAGACCCUGAACACAGGGACUUUUCAGACUGGAAAUGGUUGGGUUCAACCAGGAAUAUAAUGCAAAAAUGCUUUCUCCAUAAUUCUACUAAGGGAAAAUUAAAAACUUAGCGUAGUCGUCCCCCUUGCACACGGAUGCAUGAUCCUCUGGGCAGACGCCGCUGGUGAAACUCAGUGUUUCGCUUUAACUCGAACAACGGUAGGUGUUGCAGUCGUUUUCUGUCAGCACUGCGAGAGGAGAAAACUUUGAGCCGUCAGAUUAAAAAUCCCUUACAAACCUGGAAAACCUCCUGGGAUCAGGCGAGUUAGCGGAUUUGCAAGCAAACGUAAACUUAGUAUAUUUUGUAAGGAAAGCAUAAAAAAACCAACAACUGAGCCUUUUUUUCCAAGAUGAGCUAGUGCACCUGCAGGUUAUUCACAUUGCACUUCCAGUAUGAGUCGGUGAAUCUGUGUGCGCACCUUUAUUUUUAAAUGGACUACUGUCUUUUUCCUAAUGCAGGCACAGUUUAGUAUGAAACCUGAAAUACUCGUGAUUUUCAUUCUCCUUUUCUCCCAGGUUUUCUUUCCUUAAAACACUAUUUAGAGUGAAAAUCCCUGAUCUGAGGCAUCUUCGCUUUAAAAUUCAUAAAAAUAUUCAUAAAUUAUAAAAAAAAA